AUGUCGCAGAGAGGCGUCUACGAACUGGCGUUUCCUAUUUUGGAAAAAACACAUUAUCAGAUGAUCAUUACUGAUACAAUCUGCAUUUCAAUCGACCACUUCAUAGCGCUGGAGGAAGACAUCGGACAAGCUCGAACGGAAAACUCAGUGAGGACCACCAUAACAAAGGACUUCAUGGAAGGAAAACAUUUAUCCACAAAUAGUGCCUUCGAGGUCUUGUCCAAAGAAGAAAGUAUUGCAGCGCAACCGGUUAACUGUGCCUCUGCUAUGAAAAUGAUGAAGAAGAUGGGGUGGAGUGAGGGAACCAGACUUGGUGCAAAGAAACAAGGGAUUGUGGAACCUAUAAAAUCUGAUGUCAUUGUCGGCAGAAAAGGCAUUGGAUAUGAUGGCUCUGGAGGCAAAAAUUCAAAGGUCUUGUCCAAAGAAGAAAGUAUUGCAGCGCAACCGGUUAACUGUGCCGCUGCUAUGAAAAUGAUGAAGAAGAUGGGGUGGAGUGAGGGAACCGGACUUGGUGCAAAGAAACAAGGGAUUGUGGAACCUAUAAAAUCUGAUGUGAUUGUCGGCAGAAAAGGCAUUGGAUAUGAUGGCUCUGGAGGAAAAAAUUCAUUUGUCAAGCUAAUUCGCCGUUACCUAAACAAUUAUAUGAACAGUUUUUCUGUGCACAACAUCAUUUUUUCCAACGAGUUUUCUACUGACCAAAGAAAACGAAUUCAUUUAAUUGCCCGUAAAUUGAAAUUGCAUUCAUCGAGUAUUGGAAGAGAACCCAAUCGCCAACUGACCGUUCGCCGAUCGCGUAGAAAACGGCCUCUCGUUGAACUUCUCAAUGAGUUGUUUGAAUCCCAAGGAGAAGAUCCCCUUUUUGAAAAAAUGUAUCUAAUUCCUCCAACGGAAUAGGGGCGACAACAACACAUCGGUAUAAAAAUUAACGAAAUUUGUUUUUGAGUGUCUCAAUUUUUUAAAAACAAAAUCACACCAGCU